CCGGCGUGUCAACCACGCGCGUGCUUGCAGCCGAUAGUGGCCGACCGCCGACAGACAGGAUUGAACCGCCGCGGCAGAGGGAGAGUGAAAAAUAUCGCACAACAUACCUAAUAAUAUCGCGUUGUUAUUUGUUUAAUUCGAUAUUCUACCUCGUCGCUUUUUGCUACUUUGGCAUAAACAGAAAAAAAAUUUCAUUUAAACUUUUUACCGCUUUUUCGUUGACAUUAAUAUUCUUACAGUCGGUUCGCGGCAAUAGUGCGGCACAUUCAACUUUUUUUUCCACGCGUUCAGUACCCGCACACGCUGCCUGGCGUACGGUCGUCUAGUUUGCAUAGUUCGCAUAAUAUAUAUUGUACCUACGCAGGUAAUCUCACCACUGUCUUGUACGCGUAAAGUUUUGUUAAAUUGAGACCAUAAUUUUUUGCGCAGUCGUCACGAGCUGUUCAAUUUGGGUUUUUACGAAUUUUUUUCCGUUUCGCUGUCCUUGCGACGAUUCUGUUGUGCUCGUCAUAGCGAACGUGCUCGGAACGUUCGCCGCGCCUCUUGAUCCUGAUCGGGGUGGUACCCAGACCUGAACCUGGGAACGAUGUCUUGAGAGCGUGAACUGACUGAGCGGAGAAAUUGUUCACAGUAUCCACAUGGCCGGGGCACUGGAAAUUCUACAAGAAGAUGACUGGCAAGUGUGGCAGGAUACCAUCUCCUGGCUGGGCAACCCGACGGGCCCACAGGCAUCGCCGGUUUACAUGUGCGGUUCAGGCACUGUCCUCGGGUUGGCCCCGUCAAUGGACAGCCACAGGCGAUACGACCCGAUGGCACCCGACGUCGGCAACCAUCCUCUCGACGACGCGCAGCACCAUCAGCACCAGCAUCCACCGCAGGACUCUGUAGUCUACGGGACCGAAGAAUUCAUCGACCUGGACAUGUUGAUCAACUAUGUGGCCGACCAGCACAGCGGCACCAACGACCCCGUACCUCCGGACGCCACGAUGACGACCUACGCCGUGGACAAGUCGUACUACAGCAGGUUGACCGAUUACAAUCCUGCCGAUUACAACGGAGUGAUGUACAUAUACUCACCCGGACCCGGCGGCGACACCGGUCAACUGAUGGAUGUCCAGCAACAGCAACAGCACCAGCAUCAGCACCAGCAGCAACACAACCAACACCUCCUUCAGCUACAGCAGCAACAACUACAGCUACAACUGCUACUCCAACAGCAGCAACAGCAACAACAUCAGCAACAGAUAUCUCCGCCGGCCAGCCCACCGGACGACAGCGACGGCGGAAACGCGAUCGCGGAAUCGACGUUCUUGGCGCACCAGCUGAUGGCCGUCACGACGACGACGACGACGAUAGUGAAACCGACGCUAUUGUCAAUGACCAACGCGGCCAACGUCGUCAACCGUCCACACAAACAAACGGCCACGGCGGUGACUGCAGCAGCGAACGCGGCCGCCGUGUCCGCGGCUUACACUGCGGCCAUGAUGACGCCUCCGUCGUCGCCGCCCGAAGACGAUGUGAAAAUGGUUGCGACGGUGGCCACAAAGGCGACCACAGGCAGCCAACGAUCAUCGAGGCGGACGGGAGGCGUCGGUGACCGGCGGCCGCAACGCGCCAAAAAGACGUCGGCCAACCACUCGUGUGGUCACCCGGGAUGCGGAAAGACGUACACCAAGAGCUCGCACCUCAAGGCGCACUUGCGCACGCACACAGGUGAAAAACCGUACCAGUGCUAUUGGAAUGGUUGCGGUUGGAAGUUCGCUCGGUCCGACGAGCUGACCCGGCACUUCCGCAAGCAUACCGGCGACCGGCCGUUCAAGUGCCGGCUGUGCGACCGCGCGUUCUCCCGGUCCGACCACCUGUCGCUGCACAUGAAACGACACAACGUCUAGCGGACGUAUUUGAAAUCGGAAACAACUGCGCAUCGAUUUUUUUGCAAAUAUUACCGACAACAGAAAAACAUUUAUGUUUACCACGACUAUUGUAUUAUAAAACCAGUGUAGUAUCGCACGUUUUUUUGAUUUUCCUCGUUAUCGUGCCAUGCAACAAUAAUUAAUUUCCAUUAUAACCUAACCUGUACAACGCGUGCGUAUACAUUAUAAUAGCCGUAACGAUUGUAUUAUAUAAUACAAAUAAUUAUUAUGUUUUACAUAUUAUUAUAUUAUAUUAUAUUUUUUCUUUCUUUUCUUACUUAGCAGUAGUAGUAUUAUAAUAUGGUAUGAUAGAGUAGGUAGUAUUAUUACUUACACGUAGGUGGUAAUAAUAAUAAUAUUAUUAUACCGUCAUAAUGAACUUGUACAUUUUUUUUUCCAUCAUUCUUUUAUUGCUCGGCUGGUCUAUGGCGGUCCGACGACGGUGCCCACUCGUAAACAGUGCAUUAUAAGUACCCAGUGUGAGUAUGAUAUUAAAUAUAAUAAUAAUAAUAAUAAUAAUUGUAGAACGUGUUCAAACGUCACAGCCGCGAUUAUAUGUAAAUACGAUCCGGACGCGCGUGUGUCGUCGGCUGCAAUAUAUUAUAUUAUUAUUAUACUAUCGCGUACGACGACGUCUAUGAUAAUUUAUAAUAACAGUCUAAAGUCAUGGACGGGUCCGUGUCCAAAGUCUUUGAGAUUUGUGUAAGGGUCAGGCGGCGUCCGUGGUGUCUCGUCGAGGGAAAACCCAUCUCCUUACCGCGCACGUUCUUUUCCGCACCGAAUUUCGUUUCCUUCGACACGUGUCGACGAACCGAAAACGUACACCGAUCGUCGUUUUUUUUUGUCGAUUUUUUAUUGCAUGAUUUGGACAGUAACGUUUUUAGAGUUCAGCACUAAUGUGGCGGAUUUCCUCGUUCCGCCCUUCAACCGACACCCUCGUCGUAAGUCGUAUACUUUCCUCGCGUGAUGGCUUUUCGGAAAACGUCAGUGUUUCGAUACUGACGAUCGGUAAGCUGUCGAUCACAAAUCGUCCGUAACAAUGUUUAACUAGAAAAUUAUUUUUCGCGUCGACAAACAUUAGCUUACGCAUAACCAAGAAAACCACUCUCAACACAAUACACUUUAUGAUGUAUAUAUACAUUUUAUGUAUAACAUAUUUCAAAAAUCGUUUAAUUGUAUUGUUUCACUCACACUUCGUGGUGUUCCUCUACCAAAACCACGAGCCCAACCUCAACUGUUUUACGAGGUUUAUGCCUCACACGCUCCGCAGUGAGCGAGACCUAAUCGGUUUUUAGAUUGAAAAAAAAACCGUCGUCGCCAAACGGUGUAUACUCUCUUUAACCGCUCUGUAUAUAAUAAUAUACAAACCAUCAGAUGAUCUCGUCGCCGGAUUAACGUCAACUAAAUGUUAUGAUUUCGCGCAACACUGUGUCCUUUUUAUAUACCGUCUGUCGUGUUCUCGAAAAACCAUUUCGAAUCUCGCGCGGUUGCAUAUUAUUAUUAUCAGUCACAUUCGCGUGUUCAAUAUUGCCUUGACGUCUCCAGACUCGUGUUGAUUCCUGUGACUUUGACGGUUUCUUAUUUUUUGUCAUAAAAAUCUCACACCAUCUCGUUCCCAUGUAUAUUCAUAAUCCAUUCGAUUAAUAACGUUCAAUCCAACGGUUUUUAUCCACACCGACUAAAUUUCGAAUUCUGACAUGUCUUAGGCCCAAGAUUAACAUCAUUGGUAGAUAUCUGGACCGAAAACAUUACAACGCAGCACAGAAAACAUAUUUUAUAAACAUUUAAAAUUUUAACAUUGAUUUCCAUUUGGAUGUAAUAAUAGGUAUUUUUUUUCUCCAAAAAUGUAAGAAUUGAUUAUUGAUAGGGGGAGGAAUCCUCCCCAAAAAAAUGUCUCCAAUAUGUCUUAUUUUCAACCAAAUAUUAAAACCUAAAAUUCAAUAAAAUUACAAUAUACACAUGUUUUGGACCCCCCCCCCCUCCGAAAAAAUUUCUGGAUACGGCCUUGCGGAAAGCCUAAUUCUGUCUUGCCGCAGCGUAGAGCUAUAUUUUAUAUAUUAUAUAUUAUUAUACGUUGCUUAUAGAGAUUUUUUCCGUUAUUCCUUUUGAACAUUGACUAUAACCGAGUUACCCGGGGUGCCACCCUAUUGUAAGACCCCGCACUGAUGAUUUUGGAUCUCUUCGGUGAAAUUUUUUUUCUCCUUCGUAUUUCACCUACGAUACCUAUAUAUACCACGAUAAAAUUACCGUACACAGCAGAGGUGUGCUCAGGAAUAUUCAAUAGGGGAGAGGGGGGGAUACAUUAUUGUAUUAUAUAAUAUAAUUGGGAGGUGGCACUGUGCAAGCGUCACAUUUAUGUUGUAAAGGGAUAGUGUCUUUACAGUUUGUCUAAAAAUUGGUAAUUUACAUCAUUUUACCCAUCAGUUACUGAUUAAUGGAGGCGGUGAGGUUCCAUGACUUCCCUUUUCCCCUGAGCACACCCCUGGUACAUAGACGUAUAAUGAUAGUUUUAGGCGUAUCGCAUUUAAUAUAUAGCUCUUAUAAUAUCGUACUACAGCAUAACGAUUGUACGAUAAUAAUAUGUGUUCGGGUCGGCGAUGAUUCGCACUAUAUCGAACGCAGUAAAUGAAUAAUAUUAUUAUGUAUGUACCUAUUGCACACGCCACACACUGACACGCAAGCAUAUAAUAUAAUGAUUAUCUCAAUUAUUCGCCAAUACUAUUAUAUCAAUUUUCCAAGCAAACAACGAGAAAUGUUUCGAAAUGAAAACCGCAUUUAAAAUCUUAAACGAUCGUGUCAGUAUAUUUACGAGUUCCUUGGAAAUAACAUUAUAGUUUUGCUUUUUUUCCCUCUAAGCAGACAUUCGGCUAAGUAUCAGUGAAUGUACACUCGCGUACCGAAGUACUUACCUAUUUUCCAUUGCGUUGUAAAAACUUACUGAAAUUUUGAUUUUGCAAUUUGCCGUUACCAAAAUGUCCAAAAAGUUAUUUUAUUUUAACACGUAUGUCUAUAUUUUAUUGGUAGUCUAUCCAGUGUCCAAAUUCGUUUUGCAAUACUUUUAAAUUCACCCUAAACAAAUUUGUAUGAAAUUGCAAGAGCAGUUCAAGUCUUUCGAUUACCUUUGGCGCGUAAGUACCUAACUUGCGUCACUGUUAUUAGAUGGACAUAGUUCAGCCACUUAAAUAAAUUAUUCGCAGCACAUAGUAAAUAACAAUCAUUUACACGUCAGUUGUACAUUAACACUAUGAUCAAAUUCUCGGCUUCGACAAUGAUAAUAAAUUUCACUUGGAUUACUACUUAAUUUAAUUGUACAUAAUAUACCUAACUGCAUUUGGUUUGUUUUUCGUCGACUCUUAGAAUAAUUAUAAUAAUAUAGUACAUUGACUAUGCGUAUAUACAUAAUUUUAUUGUAAUAAAACAAUCAAAAUCUCGUUUUUCCUGAUUAAAUAAAACGUAUUUUUUAUUUGUUAUUAUUAUUUUUGUUUUAUACAUAUAUAGUUUUUAAUCUUAUUCAAAAUCAAAUUUAACAAAAUGUGAUUAGCAAUAAGUGUUUUUUUUUAACUUAGCUGUUAGGACUUAAAAAAAACUAUUUUUCUUUUUAAUGUUAUAAUUUUUAUUAUUUUUUUAUCCAGUUAUAUUAAAACUAAACCAUUGUAAAAAUCUGUAUUUUAGUUAUUAUUAUUGAUGAACGUAUGUCGACUUAUAAUAUUGCCUAUUUUUACAAGUACCUAUAUAUGUAUUUUUAUUUCAUCUUCAUUAUUAUUAAUUAUUAUUAUAACCAGUUACUAUAAUAAUAUAGAUAUAAUGUGAAUUCUGUCCUUUAGUAGAUUUAUAGCCAUGUCAAACGUUAUUAUAAUAUUAUUAUAAUACCUGUAGUAGGUAUACCACGUUGCGGUUCCAGGCGCCGCGUAAGUAUACAGAAAAAAAAAUUUAAUUGUUUUCAUGCCAUUUAAUUAAACAUAAUAAUAUUUACAUAUACUAAGGUUAUUAUUAUUAUUAUUAUUAUUAUUAUCAUUAUUAUUAUUAUAUUACAUUAAACUUUU